GGGGAGGAUGGAGGGGGCGUGACCGGCGGCGUCAGUUGGAGCUCGAGGACGUUCGAGUGGCUUCUGCCGGCGCUCGGGCGGAAUGAAGCCGUUGGCGGCCGCGGCGUUAGCGGCGGCGCUGCAGCUGCUGAGCUGCUGCUGCUGCUGCCGCCUGGUCGAGGCCGAGGACAUCGUGGUGGGCUGCGGGGGCUUCGUGAAGUCGGGCGUGGAGAUCAAUUACUCGCUCAUUGAGAUCAAAUUGUACACAAAGCAGGGCACCCUCAAAUACCAGACAGACUGUGCACCCAACAAUGGUUACUUUAUGAUUCCUCUAUAUGAUAAGGGGGACUUUAUUUUAAAGAUUGAACCUCCCCUAGGGUGGAGUUUUGAGCCUACAAGUGUGGACCUUCAUGUAGACGGCGUUAAUGACAUUUGCACUAAAGGCGAGGACAUUAACUUUGUCUUCACUGGAUUUUCUGUGUCUGGAAAGGUUCUCAGCAAAGGUCAAAGUUCAGGACCUUCUGGUGUUCAGGUCACAUUAAGAAAAACUGGAACAGACUCCGAUGUUCAGACUUCAAUAACACAAACUGGGGGAAAGUAUAUAUUUACAAGAGUGCUUCCUGGUGACUAUGAAAUUGCUGCGUCCCACCCGACCUGGACCCUACAGAAAGCAUCUACAGCUGUGCGGGUGGUAAAUUCUAACGCAAAUGCAGCUGAUUCUCUUGUGGUUGCUGGAUAUGAUGUCUUGGGGUCUGUACGAAGCGAUGGAGAGCCUAUGAAAGGUGUAGUGUUCCUGUUAUUCUCCUCGUCAGUCACAAAACAGGAUAUCUCUGGCUGUAACUUAUCCCCUGUUGAAGGAUUUCAGACUAGUGAUGAAACAACGACUUUCCUGUGCAGUGUGGUGUCUGGAGAAGAUGGAUCUUUCACUUUCUCAUCCCUCCCCAGUGGGGAAUACACAGUGGUGCCAUUCUACAGAGGAGAAAGGAUUACAUUUGAUGUUGCCCCAUCUCGACUAGAUUUUUCCGUGGCACACAACAGUUUAAAGAUUGAGCCUGUCUUUCGAGUGAUGGGAUUCUCUGUGACUGGCCGUGUUUUGGAUGGGCCUGAAGGUCAAGGAGUUGCUCAUGCUACUGUUACGCUGAACAACCAGAUCAAAGUAACUACAAAAACAGACGGGUCAUUCAGGCUUGAAAAUAUGACAGCGGGCACAUAUACAAUGAAUACACAAAAGGAGCACAUUUUCUUUGAACCAGUUACAGUAAAGAUUGCCCCUAACACACCUCAGCUGGCUGAUAUAUUGGCCACAAGCUUCAGUGUCUGCGGACAGGUAACCAUCAAACGAUUCCCUGAAGGACUCAAACAGAUAAAGUAUAAAUUAACGAUGACCACUCAAAGCAAAGAUAAAACUUCAUCAGUUACAACAGAGAUGGACGCUCGUGGAUUAUUUUGUUUCCAAGCCAGACCGGGAUCCUAUAACAUUCAGGUUGUGGUCAGUGAAAGUGAAGCCAAAGCAGGACUUGCACUAAAACCAAAGAUUCAAACUGUUACAGUGACAAAUGCACCUAUUAUGGACCUAUUAUUCACUCAGUUUAUGGCAUCUGUAUCUGGGAAGGUAUUUUGUUUGGAUUCUUGUGGUGAUCUCACUGUUGCCCUUCAACCUUUGAGUCGUCAUGGUGACAAACAGAGCCUGCAGCUCUCUGGAAGUGCAGACUCGGCACUGUUCACCUUCAAUAACAUCUUGCCAGGGAAAUACAAAGUGAACAUUGUUCAUGAGGAAUGGUGUUGGAAGAAUCGAUCAUUGGAACUGGAGGUUGUGGAUCACGAUUUGACUGGUGUAGAGUUCAAACAGACAGGUUACAUGCUGCGUUGCUCACUUUCACAUGCAAUAACAUUGGAAUUUUACCAGGACGGAAGUGGCCCAGAGAAUGUUGGUGUUUAUAAUCUCACGAAAGGAGUGAACAGAUUUUGUCUUUCUAAACCAGGUGUUUACAAAGUGACUCCUCGUUCCUGUCACCAGUUUGAACGUGAAUUUUAUAUCUAUGACACAGCGGCACCCAGCAUUUUAACGCUAACAGCAACACGUCACCGUGCAUUGGGUGUUAUCAUAACAGACAAACUGAUGGAUAUCACAGUUACAAUCAGAUCUUCCAUUGAUAGUGAGCCUGCUCUAGUUUUAGGCCCACUGAAAUCACUUCAAGAGCAACGACAGGAACAGCAGCUGGCAGAAAUUGAAGCGCGCAGACUAGAACGUGAAAAGAAAGGUCAAAAGGAAGAGGAACGAGAACCUCCUGUCCAAGAAAUGGUGGAAGAACUUGAGGGACCUUUUGUUUAUGAAUUUUCAUACUGGGCAAGAGCUGGAGAAAAGAUUGCCGUCACACCAUCAUCAAAGGAACUUCUUUUCUAUCCUCCAUCAGUGGAGGCUCUCAUUAGUGGAGAUAACUGUCCAGGAAGAUUAAUUGAAAUCCUGGGGAAAGCUGGGCUAUUUCUAGAAGGGCAGAUACACCCAGCAUUAGAUGGUGUUGAGAUUACUAUCACCGAGAAAACCUCCAAACCACUUAUUACUGUGUUUACCAAUGAAGAAGGAUCAUACAGAGUUGGACCAUUGCACAGAGACCAGGAGUACACUAUAACUGCCCUGAAGGAAGGCUUUGUCUUGACUGCUAUAGAAGGGACAGUUGGUGAUUUUAACGCUUUUGCAUUGGCAGGUGUUAAUUUUGAGAUAAAAACUGAAGAUGAUCAGGCCCUUGCUGGAGUUCUCCUGUCUCUUAGUGGAGGACAGUUCCGCUCGAAUCUGCUCACUCAAGAGAGUGGCAUGCUGACCUUUGCAAACCUGAGUCCUGGAGAGUACUACUUCAAACCUAUGAUGAAGGAGUUUCGCUUUGAACCUGCCUCCCAAAUGAUUCAAGUAGAAGAAGGACAAACUCUUCAAAUCAAAAUUACAGGCCAUAGGACUGCCUACAGCUGUUAUGGUACUAUCUCCUCUCUAAAUGGGGAGCCAGAGCAAGGAAUUGCAGUGGAGGCUAUCGGACAGGCAGCUUGCAACAUUUAUGGUGAAGAUACAGUAACUGAUGAAGAUGGAAAAUUCCGUCUCCGUGGCCUGGUGCCAAGUUGCAUUUACCACAUCCAGUUGAAACUUGAAGGCAAUGACCACAUUGAAAGAGCUCUGCCACAGUAUCGGGCUAUAGAGGUUGGCAACAGUGAUAUUGAUGGUGUGAAUAUUCUUGCAUUCCGACAAAUUAAUCAGUUUGAUUUAAGUGGCAACAUCAACACUUCGCCAGAGCAUCUUUCCACUUUGCGGGUGGUGCUGUACAAAAGUGAAAACCUAGACAACCCCAUUCAAACCGUGUCACUGGGUCAGUCACUGUUUUUCCAUUUCCCACCACUUUUGAGAGAUGGCGAGAAUUAUGUAGUUGUGCUGGAAUCUACGUUACCCAAGUCAUUGUAUGAGUACAACUUAUCCCAGAUAUCUUUCAGUGCCACAGGCUAUCACAAACACAUCACAUUUUUGUUCAAUCCUACGAGGAAGCUGCCAGAGCAGGAUGUUGCUCAGGGAUCGUACAUUGCUUUGCCUCUUACUCUGCUCCUGCUACUGGCAGGUUACAAUCACGAUAAACUCAUCCCACUGCUGAUGCAGUUGACAAAUCACUUGCAGGGUGUACGGGCACUCAGUCAAAGUGGUACAGAUGGUGCUAACCCUGAAGAGGCAAAGAGACCAGCCAAACGACAAAAGACACGACGCAUGUAGUGACCACUGACUUGAGUUUUUAGUUCACUCACCUCCGUGGAGUUCAGUCUCUGUGGUUUUGUUCAGUGAAAUGCCUUCAUUAUUAAGAUCAAUUUUGUCUUAGGAUUAAGAAGAGGCUGCAUUGUUUCUGCUAACUGCCUGCCACAGGCUGAACUGAAAUGCAAUGUUACUUUAAUCGAAUUUAUAUUGAAGUAUCAAAUUUGGGGAUCAUUGUUUUUUUUUGAUCAGUGACAUGAACUGGUUUGAAAAUUUAAGUACUGAUGGACAGAAGUUUCAUUGAAAAAAAUGUUUUUAUUGUUAGAAAGACUCCCAGAAGGUCGAUUCACCUGAAGACGAUGUUCCCGAGACUUUAUAAAUUGAUUGUAUAUUUGGUUAUCAUUUUGAUAUUUGGGCAAAGAUUUUCAGUAAAUGAUGAUUGGGUAUAUUUAUGUAUACACUGGAAAACUGGAUGUUAAAUUUUUGCUUCUAAUAAAAAUACUUUUGUUUUCCAAACUA